AUGAAUAUAAUUCGAUUAUUUUCAUUUCUAACAAUUUUUGGUUUACUAUUUUUUUCUACUACAGUCGUUUAUGGUACAGAAGAUCAAGUUGAAGGUGAUGUAGAAGUCGAAGAAGAAGAACAAGAACAAGAACCUGUUUUACGUUCAGAUGAAAUAAUAACACCAGCAAAUGACAUACUUGAAGGAAAAGAAGAUGAAGAUCCAAAUCGUAUACCAUCAUCACCAGACUUUCAAACAGUUUAUGUUUUUAUUCAACCAGCAAAAGCAAAUGAAUUAAUUGCCGGUAAAUUAACUCGUCUACUUGUUGGUACACGUAAUAAUGGUACACAAAAUUUUAUUAUUGAAUCGAUUGAUGGUUCAUUACGUUAUCCGCAAGAUUAUAGUUAUUAUAUUCAAAAUUUUACUUUAUUACGAUCGGACAAAGUUCUUGAACCUAGUUUAGAAUCAACAUUUGAAUAUUUAUUUAUGCCAAGUGAAACAUUUAAUGGACGACCAAUGGGUUUAGUUGUUUUAGUUAAUUAUCGAAAUAGUGAAGGAAAACGUUUUCAAAAUGUAGUUUUCAAUCAAACAAUUAAUUUAACCGAUGCUGAUGAAGGAUUUGAUGGAGAAACAUUCUUUCUCUAUGUAUUUCUUGGUGCAAUUUUAGUUUUAUUAGGAUUUUUGGCUUAUCAAUAUUUACUUUCAAAUCGUAUGAAACGAGCCGGUGGUAAACAAGGUUCACAAAAUUUUCUUGGUAAUCCACAAGCUAAAGGUAGUUAUGAUGUCGAUUGGAUUCCAAAACAUCAUCUUAUUCAAAAUCGUUCACCACGAAAAAGUCCAAGUCAACGAAAAUCUCGACAAACAAAUAGUGAUGCAACUAGUACAGGAGCUGUAUCAAGUGAAAAUGAUGAAUAA